GCAUAAGCUGGGCCUCAAAUGCAACUUUGAUUGCAUCUGAGCACAAGAAAGUUUGCUUAUGAUAAGUGAAAGAGAAAUACUCAUGAUUCAGUUAUAAAAUUGCUACAGUUGGAUUAUAUCUUAUUGUAUGCUGAGGCCACACAAGAUCAUACAGUAUGAUGCUUCUGAAUCUCUUGUGGACUAAUUCAGAAAUCAGAGUAGAGAAUUGAGGAGACUGACAUCUGUGACUACAGGAUGGGUUGUACUUGUAGUGACCAGAAACAUUGCAAAGAUUCUGCAAACUCUGGCACAUCUCAUUUAUCAAGAGAGCACAAGAAGCAAAACAACAAUCACGAUGAAGACAUUGCUAUUGCUCAAUAUGACUUCCAGCCUGCUAGUGACAGUGAUCUUCAAUUCAGAAAAGGAGACAGACUCAAGAUUAUUAAGGAAACUAGGGAAUGGUGGUUGGUGAAGUCUUUGGUCACAGGUCAUGAGGGACAAAUUCCAAGUGCAUAUGUGGCAAGAGCAGAAACAUUGGAGGUGGAGAGUUGGUUUUUCAAGAACAUGACCCGUAGAGACACAGAGCGUCUACUUCUGGCCCCAGGAAAUAAGCCUGGUUCAUUUCUUGUGCGGGAAAGUGAAACAACCAAAGGUGCUUUCUCUCUGUCUAUUAGAGAUUCCACACCAGAGCAAGGUGAUGUUGUCAAGCACUACAAGAUCCGUGACCUUGAUAACGGUGGUUUCUACAUCUCUCCAUCCACAACCUUUUCUUCUCUACAGGAACUAGUGAAGUUUUACUCCAGGACAGCAGAUGGUCUGUGCCAGAGGCUUGGAAGUCCCUGUAAUACUGCUGCCCCUCAGAGACCCUGGGCUCAAGAUGAGUGGGAGAUACCCAGGGAGACUCUGAAAAUGGUGAAAAAACUUGGCGCUGGCCAGUUUGGAGAAGUGUGGAUGGGAUUCUAUAAAAACAGCCAGAAAGUGGCCGUUAAGUCUUUGAAGGAAGGCACAAUGGAGCCAGAGGCUUUCCUACAGGAGGCUAAUCUGAUGAAGCAACUCCAGCAUGUGAGACUGGUGAAAUUGCAUGCUGUGGUCACCAAGGAGCCCAUUCUCAUUGUCACAGAAUUCAUGGCAAAUGGAAGCUUGGUAGACUUUUUAAAGACAGAGGAUGGACAUCAAUUAAGACUUCCCAAGCUGAUUGAUAUGACUGCUCAAAUUGCAGAGGGCAUGGCUUACAUAGAAAGGAAAAACUACAUUCAUAGAGACCUGCGUGCCGCUAAUAUUCUAGUCUCCGAGACUCUGCACUGCAAAAUAGCAGACUUCGGACUUGCCAGGAUCAUAGAAUCUGAAUACAUUGCACAAGAAGGUGCAAAAUUCCCUAUUAAGUGGACAGCCCCUGAGGCUAUUAACUUUGGUACUUUCACCAUUAAGUCAGAUGUGUGGUCUUUUGGAAUUCUUCUGACAGAGAUUGUCACAUAUGGCAGAGUACCUUAUCCAGGCAUGACGAAUCCAGAAGUGAUCCGUAAUCUUGACAGUAACUAUAGGAUGCCAUGUCCUGAUGGCUGCCCAGGGGAGCUCUACGACAUCAUGCUAAAGUGCUGGAAUGAAAGGCCAGAGGACAGACCCACCUUUGACCACCUACAGGACAUACUUAAUGACUACUUCAUUGCCACUGAGGGCCAGUACGAGAUGCACCCAUAGCCCUUGCAUCCCAACUGUUAUGUGCAAUGAAGGAAUAUAGAUUCAUAGAUAGAUUGAAUGUUGAGAGGACAAAUAUACAAAUGGAAUGUAUAUGAAAUGGAAGGAACAGGACCAAAAGAUAUAUUAUGUGGA